AUGGUUUGCGCACCCCGGAAGCAGUCCAAGACCUACAAGGUCCCCAAGCGACCCUACGAGGCCGCCCGUCUUGACGCCGAGCUCAAGCUCGCCGGCGAGUACGGUCUCCGUAACAAGCGCGAAAUCUGGCGUAUUCAGCUUACGCUGUCCAAGAUCCGUCGUGCUGCCCGUGAGCUGCUCAAGCUCGAGGACAAGGACCCCAAGCGUCUCUUUGAGGGUAACGCCCUUAUCCGCCGUCUGGUCCGGAUCGGUGUGCUCGACGAUGCCCGCAUGAGGCUGGAUUACGUGUUGGCGCUGAAGACGGAGGACUUCUUGGAGAGGAGGCUGCAGACUCAGGUGUUCAAGCUUGGACUCGCCAAGUCGGUCCACCACGCCCGUGUCCUCAUCCGCCAGAGGCACAUCCGCGUCGGCAAGCAAAUCGUCAACGUUCCAUCCUUUGUCGUGCGUCUCGGAUCCCAGAAGCACAUUGACUACGCCCUCAACUCGCCCUACGGCGGUGGCCGUCCCGGUCGGACGAAGCGGAAGAGGGCCAAGGCGGCCGCUGCUGGCGAGGCUGGCGGGGAUGCCGAGGAGGAGGACGACGAGUAG